UCGGAGCUCCCUUCCUCCAGCCCGUUCACCGCGCGGUAACCGAGCACCGCCGGGGCGGGCGCGGGAGGCGGCGGGAAGGUGGCAGGAGGGCGCCGCCGGGCCGGCCCGGGGCUCGCGGAGGAGCGGAGACGGCUCCGGUGGAGGUUCGGGGAGGCCGCUAGGACGGGGACCGUCCCGCGCGCGGCUCCCGCCACUCACCUGUGGGGUCCACAGCGUCGCACGCCUCAGGCACUGAGGCCGCCACUGGGCUUCCGGGCGCCGAGAUGUUGCUAUCAAGAUGCGCCAGGAGCCACGCCCCCUGGCCGAGCUAGAAACGCUCCCCAAGCUUCGCGCGCUAACUCAAAAAGCCCGUGAGCAGAACGAUGUCUGCCGGGUGUGUGGAUUCCACCUCUGAAUACGCGUGCGUAGUCGGGGUAGCUGCGCCUCUUGGGCCUGAGCUCACGCGCUGUAUCCACGGCAAGGACUGCGUGUGUGCGAUGCGAGGCCAUUUAUUGCGGCCAUGGAGGCUUGUGCCCUAGUGGGGAGCCCGCGGAGAGCAAUUACAUUGAUGGUCCUUUCUCCGACAACUAUUUAUUGAGCGUCCACUGUAUGCCAGACACUGCACUGGGUGCUGCUACCUAAGCGAGAAUGACCGAAACAGCCCAGCAGGGAAGGCCUGAUCGCCAAGGAGCGGGUCUCUGAGGUCUCCACGUUUCCCCCCGCACCUAACACACCGGCCGGCACGGAGAUGUCUGUGGACCGAACCGCCGAGGGGAGACGCGCCGUCGCUGCCCUCCGGGAUCGGGCUGCGGGAGACCAGGCGGCAGCGCUGCCGGGAAGGGAACCGACGACGGGGCCGGUAGACCGCGCUCUGGACGCCCCCGGUGGGGCGGGGUCGGCGGCGCCAGGGCUGGGGCCAUGGGCUGGGGGCCAGGGGCCAGGGGCCAGGGGCCGGGCGGGGCGCGCACCUUCCCACGGCCGCUCAGAUGGUGGCGCCUGGGGGUGGAGGGGACCCUGCAGAAGCUCGCGCUGCGCCGGAAGAAGGCGCUGAACGCCCAGGAGAUGGAGCCGGACUGGCUGCGCAGGCGGCUGGGGGCGCCAUCGACCCCGCCGUGUUCAAAGAUCCGGCGUGGGCGGGGCUGCGAGCUCGAUGACCCCAAACACUUUGCUUUCCUCCCCCUGCCCUUGUUGGAGUCCAGGAGGCCCAGGGCAGAGUUAGGUCUUGAGGGAGGCGACCACGCCCGCCCGCUGUCGCUGAGCCGCCUGGCCUGGGCAAGGAGGGCUCCCUGCGCACGGCGUCUGUCUCUGCAGGAUCCCAGUGGCCCUGCUGAUGCUGCACGUGGCGCCCCUCGCCGGCCUCCAGAUGCUCCGUCCGUGUGCCGAGCAGAGGCUGCCGAUCGUGCCCCAGGCCCCUGCGGCCGUGUCUGCCCCCAUCGAGCCUGCCUGAGUCAAGAGGGCCUCUUUCUGCCAAGAACUGGAGCCUCCGCAGGCCCCUCCUUUUCCUGGGCCCCAGGCCUGCAGCCUCUGUGGUUCUGCUCCACGGCCCCACUGCCCUGCACUUGCCUCUCUCCUGGGCCCCUGGGUCCCUCCAGUUCUCUUGCUGCCCGUUCUCUCCUUUUACAGGUUGUGUUUAUUGGUUUAUCUCUGGGGGUUGGUGCCCUCUCUUGUUUCCAUGGAAACUGCUGUGGUCCCCAGAAAACCAGAGCAGCUUCGAGCAGCAAGGGCAGGACCCUGUGGGCCAUCCCUGCCAUCAGCUUAGAGACCGAGGACAGAAUUUCAGGGCUCGCUUUAUUAGAGACAACCUGCAGUCCUUCUGGAACAGGAUCAACACCCGUGCCCCCUGGAGGCUAACUCAGCUGGAAAAGGGGGAAGCAGAAGACCCCGGAAGCACCGAGGGGGAAUGCUUGUCAUGGGGGGACGUGGGUCACUGAGGAAAGAAAUUCAGUGGAGUGCUCCCUGUUGAAGUUCAGGAAACUACGUCUUAAAAGAUGUCCCUCCAGGACGUGGGGGAUGAACGUGGUGCGCGGAAGCCAUGGGCUUCUCAUGCAGCUUCGCUGUGCGAUGCAGGAGCCACAGGCCCCAGGCUGGUAUGGUGAGAGGCGCUGGGCAUGUGGGCACCCGCCAUGUGCCUGGGUGCAGAGGGCUGGGCGCAGAGGGAACAUCACACCUCACGCGUGAUUCUUAUACUGAUCCCAUGUUGAAGUGAUAAUAUGUUGGAUAUUUGGGGUUAAU